GGUAAUAGAAUGCGCGCGCGUACCCGUAUCACCCGUAUGUGGUUUUGCGAGUGGCGUGUUUGACGGAGGUACUUUCCAAAAAAUGUAGUUACAUUAAUACGUUGGAAUAUUUGAUUUAAAAGAGUGUAGAUAGAUUGUGCGAAGGAUUACUCCGAUUUUGAUAAAAGUUUUCCUGAGAUACUACAAAAUCAUCAUGACCAGCACAUUUGAAAGAGACCCCAAGAAGAGAAGGGUAAAACCGGUUGAAUCAGCACAGCAGUCUUUGCUUGACUUUGACCUUGGUGAGAGCUCGGAUGAUAGUGAUUUUAGAAUCGAGGAUCAUUGCGAAGAAUCAGAUGAUGAUUCUGUAGAUUCUAAUGAUGGAAAAGAAGAAGAAGAAGAUGCAUCUGAAGAAUCUGAUGAUUCAUUAGAAGAUCCAUUAUUGAGAGGAAAAGAUGGUACUGGCUUAACUGUGGGGGAUGUGAUUGAGCAAGCUCGUCAACAAGCUCUAAAGGGUGCGCCUCUUGAUGAUAAACUAAAUAAAGUACUAAUUUGUUGUGGUUGCUUAGGAGACAGGAGUGAUGACAUAAACGAAAUUGUAGAAUGUGAUGGUUGUGGAGUCAGUGUUCAUGAAGGCUGUUACGGUGUAUCUGACGUAGAAAGUUUUUCAAGCACUGACUCUUUAUGCCAAUCGGCACCAUGGUUCUGCGAAGCCUGUAGUGCAGGAAUCGAAGAUCCAUCAUGUGAACUUUGUCCUAAUAAGGGUGGAAUUUUUAAAGAAACAGAUGUCGGAAAAUGGGUUCAUUUAGUGUGUGCUCUAUACGUGCCUGGUGUCGCUUUUGGUGAAGUCGAUCGUUUGUCAAGUGUGACGCUAUUUGAAAUGGCAUAUAGCAAAUGGGGUGCAAAAACAUGUUCUUUAUGUGAAGACUCGUGUUACGCACGCACCGGUGUGUGCAUUGAAUGUGAUGCCGGAAUGUGUCACACAUAUUUUCACGUAACCUGUGCACAAAGAGAUGGUCUACUAUCCGAAGCACACAGUGAAGAAGUCGAUCAAGCUGAUCCAUUUUAUGCACAUUGCAAAUUGCAUUCUGAUAAAUCCCUCGUUCGUAGACGUAGACGUAAUUGGCUAGCUUUACAAAUGCGUGCACAGUAUCGGCAACAGAUUUUGAAGCAACCUAAUCAUUUAGAUUCGGACGAACAACGUAGAAUUCAAAGAAAAUUGGCCAAGCACAGACACAAGUAUUUAGCUCAUAAAGCAUCGCGUCCGCCACCAUGGGUACCUACGCAAAAGAUGCCACGUUUAUUAACUACAUCUGCUUCCGCUUGCCGUCAAUUGGCACGAAAGGCCGAAUUAAUGGGUGUUGACACGGCUGCCCUGGAAGCACAAGAGUCUCAACUGGUGGCAUUAGUAGAUGUUAGAAAAAAAUGGCAUAUUGCUCCCGCUUUCAGUGUAGAAUUUAUUGGUUAUUAUUUGGAUCGCAACUUGCGCGUAACAUCGAUGAAAAGACGAUUGCAAGAACUUCUUGACAUUAAUUCACAGUUAUUAAACGAACAACAGAGACUUGAUAGAAAAUACGACGAAGUGAUGAAGGAUAAUGAGGAACAGAUUAGAGUGAACGUGACAUUGAAAGAAAAGAUAGAAUUGUAUCAUCAAGUACUUAAAAGCGCCGGUUUCGUGAAACCUCUGCCAUCGAUCGCCGAUCUUGUAAAGCCAAGAAUAGCACCCACUCUUGGUACAGGCUUAGGUGUGCCUACAGCAGCUGCCUUGAAGAUGGGUGUUGGAUUUCCACUCCCUGUGGGUAAAGGUGCUGAAGGUAUACGUGAGGGUAGAGUGUUGAGCAGCCAAGCGCAAGAACAAAAUCACAAAAGUGAGCUGACGACCUUACGACAUCAAUGCGGCAUUUGUAGACGUUCGACUAAUCAACAUCUUCUCGCUAAAUGCGACACGUGCCAUUUGCAUUAUCAUCUAUCUUGUUUAAGCCCUCCCUUGGUACGAAUGCCUAAGAAAACGAGACAAAUGGGAUGGCAAUGUUCUGAAUGCGAUAAAGAAUCCUCGGGAUCAGAAGUGGAACGUGUGGAUACAUCGGCACCACGUAAAUUAAGACAUUGUAAGGAUGAGGCUAACUCGACGCCUACACCACCACAGGAAGUGCAAGCAGCCAUGACACCAAACACGCCUACCACAUCAAAAAAUUCUGUCAGUAAUGUAACAAACAUUACUACUCCUGACACACAUACAACACCAAAGCUAACUAUUAAACCAGUGGGACCGCAACCGUUAACUGUAGAACCUACCCAAGUAUCUGAGUCGAUAUACAAUCAACAAUCUGUUAAUAAUAUCACCAUAAGAGAAGGUUCACCAGAAUACAUGGUAGCUUCAGCGGAUGGAACGGAAAUAAAACCAAUUCGUCGACCGGAAGGACACACAGACUCGGAAUCGAGCCCGCAAAUGUUUGUGGCCACUUCGAGUACUGAAAUUACAUUGCCACCACCACCUGUGCCACCUCCGGCUGCAAAUGUACCUCCAGUAAAUGUAUCUGUGAAUAGCAGUGGUCGACUGUCAACAGGAACGAAGAGAGGGAAAGAUACGGACCUUAUGACACAAUGUAACGUCUGUGAUACUCCCGGCACCAACCAAAAUCUCGUUAUGUGUGACGAAUGUAAGAAAUGCUAUCACUUUACGUGCUUAGAUCCUCCUGUGAAAAAGUCUCCAAAAAGGAGAGGAUAUUCGUGGCACUGUGCCGACUGCGAUCCUAGUGUAAGUUCAUAA